AACCUUACCUUCUCAACGUGGGGGUCAAUGAAAGAAAGAAAGAAAGUUCAUGGAAAAAGCUAAAAGCUUAAAGAAAGCUGAUUUCACAAAGCAAGCGGCAUGCCCUUUCAUCCAUCCAAACUCUCUCUCUCUCUCUCUCUCUCUCUCUCUCCAUUGCGGUCUGUGAGUAAAGCUGAAAAAAACAUCACCCACUUCAACGACUGUGCAGGUAGGGAUUAAUUGUGGUUAAUCUAUCAGAUAUAUUCAACAAAAGCACAAGAAUUCAUUCACCCAUGUUAGACAACAACACUGGCUCAGUUGGCCCCUCUUCUUCUUCUGAAAAUGGGGUAGCAAAAAAAAGAAAAAGAAGGCCUGCUGGGACCCCAGAUCCAGAUGCUGAGGUUGUUUCACUAUCACCCAAAACCCUAUUGGAAUCGGACCAAUACGUGUGCGAGAUCUGUAACCAAGGGUUUCAGAGAGACCAGAACCUUCAGAUGCACCGGAGGCGGCACAAGGUGCCGUGGAAGUUGGUGAAGAGGGAGGAGUCGGUGGGCGAGGUGAAGAAGAGGGUGUUUGUGUGCCCUGAGCCGAGCUGCUUGCACCAUGACCCGUGCCACGCUCUCGGGGAUCUUGUGGGGAUAAAGAAGCAUUUCAGGAGGAAACACAGCAACAAUAAGCAGUGGGUGUGUGAGAAGUGCUCAAAAGCCUAUGCUGUUCAAUCUGAUUACAAGGCCCAUCUCAAGACUUGUGGCACCAGAGGCCAUUCUUGUGACUGUGGCCGUGUUUUUUCCAGAGUAGAGAGUUUCAUUGAACACCAAGACACUUGCACUCUCCGGCCGGCCCUGCCUGAAUUACAGGCAUUGCAGCCGUCCUGGUCGCCUCGAACAGCUUCAAGCAUGACUCCAACGAACGACACCAAUUUCAGCAUUGCUCCAAUAUUGCCAAGAUUAGCCGUGCCAAAGCCUGUUGGACCUGUGUUUUUAUGCCCAGAGCGACACAGUUCCUCUAACACUGAUGAUCAGCAACAUAAUUUGGAACUUCAGCUGCUGUCAUCAUCAUCAAAUGCUUAUGCAUCGGCAUUGCAAAUUUGUGAUGAAAAUCAUGCAACCAAUUUGAAACUCUCAAUUGGAUCAUGCAGUCAAGGUGAACAAAACUGCACAAAUUUGGAUGCAGGUAGAAGCUAUCGACCGGAAAGGAAUGCUACAGAAACCAGAUUGGAGGCAUCAAGGUUGAAGGAAGAGGCAGAUGAGAAGCUAAAGUUGGCAAUGUUUGAAAAGGCGUAUGCCGAAGAGGCUAGAAUACAAGCCAAGAAGCAAAUUGAAAUGGCUGAGUUGGAAUUUGCCAAUGCCAAGAGAAUUAGGCAACAAGCACAGGCUGAGCUUGAAAGGGCUCAACUUUUGAAAGAGAAGGCUACAAAGAAAAUCAGCUCCACGAUUUUGCUAAUUACAUGCCAUUCUUGUAAGCAACAAUUCCAAGCAACAACAACAUCCAUUGCACGAGCUGAUGAGACCUCCCUUGCUGCCAGUUAUAUGUCCUCAGCCACUACUACAGAAGGAGAUUGAAACCACCAAACACAUCAUUCAAAUUUUCUAGCUAAUCUCUCUCUCUCUCUCUCCCUCUCUCUCUCAAUGAACUACUAUUUUAAUUUGUUUCUUGUAAAUCAUCUCUUUUAUUUAGAAUGCUAAAUCAUGAGUCUGUCCACCGUUCAGCAAUCUAGUGUGCAGAGGUUUAUUCAAUUGUGUGUUUUAAUAAUUUUCUGUGUUGAACAUUUCUUCAUUCAUUAAAGGUUAAAGAAUUGUGAUCA